UGACCCCGGUCUGUGCGGACUGUGUGAGUGUGCUCGACCACACACCACUCCCACGUAUUGUGGCACUCUGUCCCAUAGAAGAGACUCCUGUUGGCGCCGGCUGUCCGUGCUAGGGACUUCUGUUCGUCAUAACUUUAAAUUGAGGAGCUGGCUGGGAACCAUCAGGUUUCUUCGUGUCAUGAAAGUCUUGUAAUGAUAAUGAAUGUUGCUCCUGGGUCAGAGACCUCUGUACCUUGUGCACUGCCACUACACGAGGUGAGUUUAGGUUCCCUUACAGUCCUACACCAUACCUGCAGACUGGCACUAUAACAGCCGCACACGACACCAGAAGAACAGGUCUACACAGCCCCGCUCCUGUGCUAGUGGAUGAUGGCUGCGGUGGACACCAUGGCUGGCGUGUCUGCCUGUCCUGCCCUGGCUGGUGGCUUGCUACAGCUGUCUACGUGUGUCGACCAGGAAUAUCUGAGGGAGCAGUGUCCUCACCGCGUCACCUUACGUGAUGGAGACCCACGCCUGUCCGCCUUACCUGAUGGCGACCCACACCUGCCCAUCUUAUCUUCUGGAAACUCACACUUGCCCACCUCGUCUGCCAGAGACCCACAUCUUUCUACCUCAUUAAUCUCUGGCUCAGCCCCGGAGGUGGUCGUCCGCAGCAGUGUUUUACCGUCGCCUCGCUUGACUCAACUGCUGGAAGGUAUCAGUUAUCCAGGAGUGUCUGACAACCCUCCACAACCUCCACCGUGGCUCGACCGAGAGAUGUUUAACCGGGGAAGAAAGUUUUAUCAGCGUUACCUUUACUGUCUAUGCUUUACUGAUUUGUUGUCCUUAGUGAUGACGCUGAGCGCGGAGCGUGCACUCAAACCUCUGAUCUACACGGGGCGCUCCGACACCCCGAUCAAGGCCCUGAGACGCUACUUCUCUACGUUGCUGCACCUUAUCACUUGGUUCACGGGAGAUGUCUGGGAACCGAGCCAUCCUGCUCAUAAGGAUAUAUUGGCCAUUCGCUCCAUUCACUGCAAGUUAGCACAAACCUUCAACAACUCCGCCUGUAAUGAGAAAUUGUCGACUAUCAGCGUUGCUAAGAAGGGACACGAAGAGCCGGCUGACUCUCUCAACUCGGCUAUUCGUCAAGAUCUACAGCGUGUGGCUGAAGACACACUUCCCACAGAGACCUCAGACGGUCCGGUUGUGUACAUAAAUCAGCUGGAUAUGAGCCUGACGCAGUACGCGUUCAUGGGGCUGGUAGUGGCCCAUCCGGAGAAGUUGGGUACUGGGUCCGCUACUGAAGAAGAGAUGGCGGGUCUGAUCCACUUCUGGCGAGGACUUGGCUGGCUCAUGGGCAUCGAGGAUCAGUACAACUUCUGCAGCGGCACAGUGGCCGAGACGAAGGCAUUGUGUCUUGAGGUGGAACGUCUUAUUUUUAUACCUCUCUUGGCCAAGGUCGACUGGAACUACGAGCACAUGGCGACCUCUCUGAUCAAGGGUAUGAGUUACAUUGUACCAGCCACGUCGUACCCCGCCAUGUUCCGCUACUUGGCAUACACCCUAGACAUUGCCGUGCCCACCUUUGUCAGCAAGAUGUCCUACCGCCACUCCUUCCACUACUGGGUGAUGCGCUGCACCUUCGCCCUCAUCCUCCUGGUGCCCUGCCUCCUGCUCCUCCUCAACUACAUGUUCAACUCUCUCAUUGAUAAACUUCAGAAAGAUAACAGCAAGUUUAAGCUGACAAUGUCUGGAGGUUCCAAGUCUGUGGCGACGCCUUCUGACCACUGAUGGUGUGACUCCUGACCACUGAUGGUGUGACUCCUGACCACUGAUGGUGUGACUCCUGACCACUGAUGGUGUGACUCCUGACCACUGAUGGUGUGACUCCUGACCACUGAUGGUUUGACUCCUGACCACUGAUGGUGUGACUCCUGACCACUGAUGUGACUCCUGACCACUGAUGGUGUGACUCCUAACCACUGGUGUGACUCCUGACCACCGAUGAUGCAAUCCGUCCUUUUACAAAUUACGUCGCUUUUCGCUCGUAUGGCUACGGCCAAAAAUCCCCAUAUUGGAAUUUUCAACAAAAUUUUAAUUAUUUUUCCAAAUAAAAUGACCCCAAAAAACCAGGUUAUGGUCCUCUGGUAGAUUAGGAGGACAGGAAUUUCUCCCAAGGUUUCCAAUUCAUCUAAAAUUAGAAAGGAAAAUACAGGAAAAUAUUGAGUCUUCUAUAUAAUCAUAAACGAGAGGAACAAACUUUUGAAGUUGCAGUGAAAUAUAACUAUUGGUAAUAUUUAAUAACAUGUAUAGACAUCAUGAAUGUAACCCGGACCCGCCUCGCAUGGGUUACUACACCAAAUGCAGUGUUUCCAUGUUCUUACAUUAAAUAAAAUUGAUCAAAAUGCGUAUAAAAGGAUGAGGUAGCUGAAGGUAUUCUCACCGCGUUCAAGACACCUGCGGCCAGAUUUACGAAAGCACUUACGCAAGCACUUAGGAACGUGUACAUCUUUCCUCAAUCUUUGACGGCUUUGGUUACAUUUAUUAAACAGUUUACAAGCAUGAAAACUUCCCAUUCAACUGUUGUUA